AUGACACAAACCCAGACUGUAACAGUCCUACGACACGACCCCAACACAGACUGUACAAGUAUUACGACACAACACAAACACAGACUGUACCAGUCCUACGACAUGACCCCAACACAGACUAUACCAGUCCUACGACACGACACCAAUACAGACUAUACCAGUCCUACGACACGACACCAAUACAGACUAUACCAGUCCUACGACACGACACCAACCCGGACUGCACCAGUCCUACAACAUGACACAAACCCAGACUGUAACAGUCCUACGACACGACACCAACACAGACUGUACCAGUCUUACGACGCGACACCAAUACAGACUAUACCAGUCCUACGACACGACACCAACACAGACUGUACCAGUCCUACGACACGACACCAACACAACCUGUACCAGUCCUACGACACGACAACAACACAGACUGUACCAGACCUAGGAAACGACACCAACAUAGACUGUAGGUGUCGUGUCGUAGGACUGUACCAGUCCUACGACACGACACCAACACAGACUGUACCAGACCUACGAAACGACACCAACAUAGACUGUACCAGUCCUACGACACGACACCAAUACAGACUGUACCAGUCCUACGACACGACACCAACACAGAAUGUACAAGUUUACAUCACGACACCAACACAGACUGUACCAGUCCUACGUCACGACACCAACACAGACUGUACCAGUCUUACGACACGACAUCAACACAGACUAUACCAGUCGUACGACACGACACCAACACAGACUGUACCAGUCCUACGACGCAACACCAACACAGACUUUACCAGUCCUACGACACGACACCAACACAGACUGUACCAGUCUUACGACACGACACCAACACAGACUGUACCAGUCCUACGACGCAACACCAACACAGACUGUACCAGUCCUACGACACGACACCAACAAAGACAGAACAAGUCUUACGACGCAACACGAACACAGACUUUACCAGUCCUACGACACGACACCAACACAAACUGUACCAGUCCUACGACACGACACCAACAAAGACUUUACCAGUCCUACGACACGACACCAACACAUACUGUACCAGUCUUACGACACGACACCAACACAGACUGUACCAGUCCUACGACACGACACCAACAAAGACAGAACAAGUCUUACGACACGACACCAACAAAGACUGUACCAGUCUUACGACACGACAUCAACACAGACUAUACCAGUCGUACGACACGACACCAUCACAGACUGUACCAGUCUUACGACAUGACAACAAGACAGACUGUACUAGCCCUACGACACGACAACGAGACAGACUGUACCAGUCUUACGACACGACACCAACACAGACUGUACCAGUCUUACGACAUGACAACAAGACAGACUGUACUAGCCCUACGACACGACAACAAGACAGACUGUACCAGUCUUACGACACGACACCAACCCAGACUGUACCAGUCCUACGACACGACACCAACAAAGACAGAACAGGUCUUACGACAAGACACCAACAAAGACUGCACCAGUCUUACGAUACGACACCAACACAGUCUGUACCAGUCCUACAACACGACACCAACAUAG